UCACUGGUGCAUGCCGGAUAUUUAUUGCCUACACCAAGGGACCCCCAGAUUGCAAUAUCCCUGCGAUCACUUGAGCUUUUGCAUUCUCUUUUCAGAGCAGCCCCUGCUUUCAGUAUUCAGCAUUUCACGCAUCUAAUUUCUGACAUGCACAAGGUGGCAUAUCAAUCAUACUUACGAACACGAUUAUCACUCAUGUUUGAUAUUUUCUAUCGUAUCCUCUUCCACUUAGACAAACUCACCACGCAGGCCCUAGGUCAGGUGGAGCCUGAUUACCGUCUUAAGAAUUCCUGCCCUGCAUGCCACCACAAGGUUGAAAAUGAGCCUGAAUGCCCUAUCCAAUUCAUCGUCACAGCUGAUGGUAACACAUCACUUUCAAGGCUGCGCCACAAUUUUGCUACAGAUGCUCGAGUUUUCCCCAGCGAUUACUUUAUCUCCCGAGAACAAGUCGACGGCUUUGCUGACACCCAAAAGCAUUCACAAUGUGAUAUCUCAGUAUGUACCUUGCUCCCCUCGUCAGCCUGGAUUUGCUUCAAGUCGAAUGACCCAUCCUCUUCAUUUAUCCCUGACAGCUGCUUAGCAUGGAAGAAUGCCCAGCCAAUGCCUUCAAAGCCCAAGUCACGCAUGGCACAGCUCAUGGACGAGACUGGGGUGUUCUCUGUCGUCUGUCGGCAUGGAAUUGUCCAAUUCCUCAUGGACAUGGUUCAAAGCGGGGAAUUGUGA